AUGGAGGACAAUGAUAAAACGAAGGGUGGAGGAAGAGGUAUAGGUAGAGGUAUUAGUAGAGGUAAGAGAGGUAGGACUACUGCUACUUUGUCACAAUCUAUUAUUGGUCAACCUGCGAAUACUCAACUUCCCCAUUCCACUUUUAUCCCCCGUGUUUCACCCGAGAGAGUUAGGGAUACCACUACUUUGUCACAAACUAUUAUUAGGAAACCUACAAAUAAUUCCACAUCUCAUAAAGUUAUAAAUACUCAACUUCCAACUUCUACUCCUAUACCUCAUGUUUCAUCUGAAAGAGGUAAGGGUACCACUACUUUGUCACCAUCUAUUAGUGUCCAUCCUACAAACUCUUCCACAUCUCAUAGAGUCACACAUUCUCAAUUUCAACACUCCAUCCCUAGCCCUCAUGUUUCAUCUGAAAAAGGUAGGGGUACCACUAUUUUGUCACCAUCUAUUGUUGGCCAGCCUACAAAUUCUUCCACAUCUCAUAGACCUGUAGAUUCUCAAUUUCAACACACCACUCCUAGCCCUCAUAUUUCCUCCUCAGUUAGUCCACCUAUUUCUUCUCCGCCUAGCUCGUCACAUGUCCCAUCAGCUAAUGCAUCAGGUGAUGAUCCACAUGUAUCAUCAUCCCAUGUUGAUUCACCUCCAAAAAUUGGAAGUAAGGACCCCACUGAUGGAAGGGUUUGGAUUCGUCCAGGUCCACAAAAAAUUUUUGACCCUGCAAUUCAACCUACACGAGAGAUUGCGAAAAUUAUCAAACGUAAGUUUUUAGUGUCUUGGACAAACUAUGGAGAGAUGAAGGGCAAAGAAGAAUUUAAAACUGUGAACGAAUUAUGGCUUGGAGAGUUUAAGAGAAAGUACAAGUGGCUACUCGAACAUGAAGAAGAAAUUAAGAAGAUAUUUGAUCAUAAAACCUCUGAUGCAUAUUCAAACACAAUGUAUAGGGUGAGAAAAAAGAUUGAUCCAGGUGAUUGGAUUCCUACUGAAACACUCAAGAUAUUAGAAGAAAAAUGGAAUGACGAUAAGUGGAAAAGAAAGUCAGAAAUUAACACUCACAACAGAAGAUCUUCGGAUGGUCCACUACACACUGGAGGAUCAAUUCCAACAACCGAGCACUAUAAGAGAUUAAAAGAAUCCUCAGAUGCAAAUCCAACUUGUUGGGACUUAUUUCAAAAGACCCACAGAGUGAAGGGUAACCCAAACAAAUGGGUUUCUACAAAAUCAGAGAUGGUUGCGAAUGAGUAUGAUAAAAGGAUUCUUGAGAGGGACUCACAAGAGGCACCUGGAGAUGAUGUUUCUAGUCAUCAAUCUGACAACAACAUCUUCUUAGAUGUUGUUGGAGGAGUGGACAAGAAGGGUCGUAUAUAUGGUUUGGGACCAGAAGCAGCAAAGUACAAGUCAUAUAGAUCUUCAACAUUUGACGGUAUCUCAUCAUCUGAAUAUGAACAAAUGAGGACUGUUAUUUUUGAUUUGUCUGCUGAAAAUAACACCCUUAAAGAGAAACUUAAGACUCAUGAGGAUUUGAUUCAUGCAUCACAAGAAGACUCACGUUUGCUUAGAGAACAAUUAUUUCAAUUUAUGAAAAGUUUUUCAGCAGGUCAUCAACCUCCACGUUCAGAUCAAAAUCCGUCUUCACCCACUUCUUAA